AUGGAUCCAGUUAAGAACUCUCACGCAAAACUCUUGGCGUUCGACAUUCUCUCACUAAGCCGGCGUAAUAUAUCAUCUCCAUCAUCAUCCUCAAAUACUGUCAUCUUCUAUCGGAAAUCUCGACAAAUUUGCAGAGUUGAAACCCUGGGCGUGGUUGUGACUAGAGAAUUCAAGGCGGGAAAAUCCCUAAAGUUCUUAAUCGACGAUGGUACUGGUUGUGUCUCAUGCAUUCUCUGGUUGAACCAACUUACUUCUUCUCACUUCUCUAGAAAAAGCCCUGAUGAUGUUCGGAUCUUGGCAGAAAUUGCUAGCAAUCACUCCUCUAAGGUACAAAUUGGUCGGCUUGCUAGAAUUCGCGGUCGUGUUACAGUUUAUAGAGGAAAGAUAGAGAUUACUGUAACAGAUGUUGUAAUCGAGAGAGAUCCAAAUGCGGAGAUUCUACACUGGUUAGACUGUGUUAAGUUAGCUCGGAAUUGUUAUGAUGUUGUUGCUCCUAAUGUCCAAUGAAG